UAUUCUGUAGUUCAAUCGGCUUUGUGUUCGUUAAUUUACGUAUAAACAAAAUACAAAUCGUAGUCGUUACUCGAUACUCAUCAACUGUUAAGUUUUGCGAUUGCGGUGUAUAGGAUUAAGAAUAAUUAGUUACAAUGGAAGAAGAUACAAAAAAAAUAUCUUUUUCGUUUAAACAAGUAUCUUCUAAACCUAAGGUAAUUCCUGUACUUCCAAAAACAGAGAACGCAGUUCAGUUUAUUGAAUGUGUCGAAGAGAAAUCAAUCAAAAUUGCUGGAUUGGUGGAAAAGGUUGAACAAGAAUUAGUUGUACCUAUGCCAAAAUCAACUAAACAACGACUGCUAACGAAGGAAAUGAAAAUCUCAAUACCAAACCAACCGCAAGAGAACGGAGCGUCAACACUGGAAGAAAUGGCUGUACAGGCAAUAUUAAAGGGCUGUAAAAAAAGAGAAGAAGGUGAAGAAGACGAAGAAGAAGAUACAAAGAUAGUUGAAGUACCAUUGAUUAUCGAUCCUCAGGAAGGGAUGGAAAUGCCUACAGCCGAAGACUAUGAAAAAAUACCCAUCGAAAAAUUUGGAUUGGCCAUGCUUCGAGGUAUGGGUUGGAAACCUACUGAAGGUGUUGGUAAAAAUUCUCAAAUAAUUUCUGCUAGCUUGCCAGAGAUUAGGUCCAAAGGAAUGGGUUUAGGCGCUGAUAAAUUAAUUAAGUCUGUACGAAAAACACAAAGUUCUGAAGAAGAACUAAUACUCAAACAAGGAUCUUUUGUACAAUUUAAAGUUGGAAAACUUAAUGGCCAAUAUGGACAAGUUUGUGGUUUUGAUGAAUUAUCCUCAAGAGUAAUCGUGAAAAUUUCUCGUUCUGGCGAAUUAGAAAAUGUAAGUGAAAAUUUAUUUCAAUUAGUUACCAAAAGUGAAUAUGAAAAAAAUUGUAAUGUGAUUAAUAUAAAACAAUAUAAAGAAUAUCAUGAUGAUAUAACCAUGACAAGCAACAAUGGAGACCAAACCCAUCAUCGUGAAAAAAUAACUAAAGAAAACAUUUACAGUGAUCAUCGAUCUAGACACCAUAAAACGAAAAAAAGCAAACAUUCUAAAUCACCCCAUAGAAAACAUAAAUCUAAUCACAGCAAGUAUAAAAAAUAUAAACACAAAAGGUCUUCAUCUUAAUAAUAUACAAUUAGAAAUAUAGAUUAAUUAUUGAUAA